AUGGCCCUCAUUUCAAUCCGCACUUCAGAUGACAAGAUCGAAAUCAUCAACCAGCUGUUAUUGCCCCAUGUUACAGAGUUUGUUCAGAUUGAUACUAUAGAACAAGCCCACGAUGCGAUCAAGACAAUGAAGAUUCGCGGCGCACCAGCGAUAGCUUCACUGGCAGCGCUGUCGUUUUCCCAGUAUCUGUCCCGCGCAUUGCAAGCGUCUCCAUUGCCAGAAUAUUUUGCGUCGCCAGAGGCUUUGAAGAAUAACCUUGAGCCAGUUCUUGCCUAUCUCUUCACUGCACGACCGACCGCUGUGAAUCUAGGCGCAGCCACACGUCGUUUGACUACGACACUCAAUCAAUCCAUCGCCCAGGGAAAGACUACUCGCUCGAUUGCCCAGGAUCUCAUCGAUGAAGGCAAAGCCAUCGCCGAUGAAGAUGUAGGCAGAAACAAGGCCAUGUCGAAGUGGGGUGGGGACUGGUUAUUUGAUCGAGUAAAAGCAGGAGGCGGAUCAGCAGAAAAGGGCCUGAAUGUCCUUACCGUUUGUAACACCGGGUCUCUCGCAACCUCGGGAUAUGGGACGGCCCUUGGUCUGAUUACCUAUCUACAUGAGACGGGAAAGCUUGAAAAAGCCUACUAUACCCAAACAGCUCCUUACCACCAAGGAUCACGACUCACAGCGCUAGAGUUAAAGACGCUCAACAUCCCAUCCGUCAUGAUUUGCGAUACCAUGGUAGGAUCAUUAUUCCAACACUUUAACAUCCACGCUGUUGUUGUUGGUGCCGACAGAAUAGCAAAGAAUGGGGACACUGCCAAUAAGAUCGGAACCUACAACGCUGCCGUUAUCGCUGCGCGCCACAAUAUACCCUUUAUAGUGGUUGCGCCUAUUAGCACAGUAGAUCUAGCUGUCGAAAGUGGUUUGGAUAUCCCAAUCGAGCAGCGACCACCAAUUGAGGCCUGCCUAGUUCGGGGUAUACUUUACCCCAACGAUGGCAACAGCAAGCAGGCCCAAGUGAUGAUUACCCCGUCUGGAUUGGACGGGAUAUAUAAUCCCAGUUUCGAUGUGACACCAGCUGGAUUGAUCACGGCGAUAGUGACAGAGAAGGGCGUCGCUGUGAAAGGUGAAGGAGAAAAUAUCUUUGAUUUGACCCCGGUGGUCUGACAAGAUGGACUCCAAUAAAUACUUCAAGUUAGAUGUAUGACCAGUAGAUGUUGAAAAAGCCCCUGUGUUGAUCCC